CCAGUUUAAUUGCAAUAAAAACAUUGAUAAUUGAACAGCCGAUAUUUCAGAAACAAAACCCAAGUUACAGCAAUGAAGUCAUCUUAUAUUAUAUUGAGAAAUGCUUACUUGAACUUUGUGCUGAUUACUUUUUUAACCCUAUGUUGCCUCACAAAUGCAAGUCACAGCUCAAAUGACCCAAUGCUCAAUAGGUACCAAAACUGGCUCCAAAAAUACAGCCGAAAAUACCAAAAUAAAGAUGAAUGGAAUAUGCGCUUUGGGAUUUAUCAAUCCAAUGUUCAAUUCAUUGACUUCUUCAAUUCUCUCAACCUUUCUUACAACCUCACUGACAAUGCUUUUGCUGACAUGACAAACCAGGAGUUUAAAUCUGUUUAUUUUGGUUACAAGGAACCUAAACAGACAAGGCAACAGGCAGCCACUAAUGUUACGUAUGAUAUAUCCAAAUUGCCGGUCAGUGUCGAUUGGAGAAAGAAAGGAGCUGUUACAAAAGUCAAGGAUCAAAAAAAAUGUGGAAGCUGUUGGGCAUUCUCUGCAGUAGCAGCAGUAGAAAGCAUCAACCAGAUCAAAACAGGAAAAUUAGUCUCAUUAUCAGAACAAGAACUGGUUGAUUGUGAUGUCUACUCAGAAAACCAAGGAUGUAAUGGAGGAUUCAUGGAGAAUGCUUUUGAUUUCAUCAUGAAACAUGGUGGAAUUACAACUGAAAAGAACUAUCCAUACAUAGGAAAAGAUCAGAAAUGUAACACUACCAAAGCAAAACAACAUGCAGUUACAAUAAGUGGCUAUGAACAAGUACCAGACAAUGAGGAUGCUCUUCAAACUGCAGUUGUAAAACAACCUAUAUCAGUGGCUAUUGAUGCAAUGGGCUAUGAUUUUCAGUUAUACUCUGGAGGGAUAUACUCUGGUAUUUUUUGCGGACAUAUGCUAAAUCAUGGAGUGACAUUAAUUGGCUAUGGUGUGGAAGAUGAUGAGAAAUAUUGGCUAGUUAAGAAUUCAUGGGGUAGUUAUUGGGGUGAAGAUGGUUACAUAAAAAUUAAGAGGGGGUCAAAUGACAAUAAAGGAAUGUGUGGCAUUGCCAUGCAAGCUAGUUACCCUCUUAAGGAGGAAUCUUGAAAUAUCAAUGUGCAACAUAUAGCCAUAUAUAAUGCUAUAUUUGGUUACAUUUAUUUUCUUUUAAUAAAACAUGAAUGAUUGCUAUAAAA